CCAGCCGGCGGUCGCUUCCUAUCACGGGCAGCCGCUGUCGAUGGGAGCGGAGGGAGACUCGGAGCAGAGCAGCCGCCCCUACUCAGAGCUGUCCGAAGAGGUGCUGCGAGGUGAUGCCUCGAAACAAAGGUGCUCAGAGCAAGCGACCACCAGCAACCAGAGCAGCACCCUCGGUCAUUAUGAAUCACGUGGCGUCCGUGUGCUUCGACGCCGACAAAGGUAAAAGCCAUCGUACGUUUAUGGGACUCGACGCCGAACGAUCAGGGACUCUCCAAGGUGCUAUUACAAGCCGACGCAACUCGAGCGACCCAGCGGAGGAGCACGGGCUCCUGCAGUCGCACCUGCUGCCUCAGGGAGGCCAGCACGUGAUGCACGCCCGCCCGCAGCACGGCGAGCGCGACGCGAAGAACUCGGCGGCGCAGGCGGCGAGCGAGCGCUACGGGCAGCACUGCGAAGGUUCGCAAGAUCCCCAGGGCAGCCUGUCCCUGCUUGCGCACGCUUCCGACGUGCAGGCCGCCCGGCAAUACUACGGCAGCAAGAAGCAGAUGCAUUUCCAACAGCCGAUGCCGCAGCAGAUGCAGCCGUACAAACACUCCGAGGUGGAACAGAAGUCGCUGGAGAGGCUUCUGCAGCAGCACAUGCAGAGCGGGGAUGAAGGGCUGUUCCAGAAAGUGCUCGGGAGCGAGCAGCAGCAGCAGCGUCUGCAACAGAUGCAGUCGAAGGAGCACCCCGCGCAGGGACACAGGGACAAGGCAGCACUCAAGGGGCAACAUAAUUCAAGUUACAAAAGCGGCCUGUCUCGCAGCAACAGCAUUGGUUUUCAACAAACAUCUGGGCCGGGAGAGCAGCAGGACAAACGAGGCUCGUCCAUGAAAACAUCCCAGCCGGACAACGGAGUGAUUUGCUUCUCCAGUCGAGGUGCGAGUGGCCACGACUUGGGGCACAGAGUGAUUCGCAGUGGUUCGCCGAUGUCGAGCCGAAAAGAGCAGCAGUCCUCCGUGCACGACCCGAACAACGACGACCUGAAGGAGAUCAUCCGGCAGCUCGAGAUAAAGAUCGCCGAGGACCCGAGUCGUCGGAUCAUUUGUCGCAGCGGCAGCACCACCAGCAGCAGCAACGGAUGGACGUCUCCCACCCGCAGUCGUCUCGCCCGGGCUCUGUCCGCGCAUCCGCCGAUCUCCCGGCUAACCAGACGCCAACGCCGCACAACAUGCGUUUGAAAACCGAACCCACGCCAGCCGAAAUGUGCCACCGAGCGAGCAACGAUUUGGGGACGCACGGUUCGACGCGCGCUUCCUUUUCGUCCCCGUCGCCAUCUUCGCUGCCGCCGUCGUCGUCGUCCGUGCCGUCAUCCUCGACCGUGAAAGCUCACCUGGCGGCCUACCUGCAGAGGCAAAGCCUCCAGGUGAAAGUGGAGAGCUCGGGGCCCAUCACGGUGCUGUCCACCCUGGCCGCGUCCGUGGGGAUGGACGGGGAGGAGGACAAGGGGGCCACGCUGUCGGGAAACUCGACCCCUGCCAAGCAGCCGCCGUCCAUCCUCAGCAGCUUCCUGGAGUCCCCGCUCAAGUACCUGGACACGCCGACCAAGAAUAUCCUCGACACGCCCACUAAGAAGGGCCAGGUGGACUUUCCUCCGUGCAGCUGCGUGGAUCAAAUCAUCGAGAAGGACGAAGGGCCCUACUACACGCACCUGGGAGCCGGCCCAACGGUGGCAGCCGUACGCCACCUCAUGGAGACGAGGUUCGGUGAGAAGGGCAAAGCCGUGCGGAUCGAGAAGGUGGUGUACACUGGGAAGGAAGGCAAAAGCUCCCAGGGCUGCCCCAUCGCCAAGUGGGUCCUGCGGCGUGCCAGCGAAGAGGAGAAGCUGCUGUGCAUCGUGCGCGAGCGUGCCGGUCACCGGUGCGAGAAUGCCGUCAUCGUCAUGGCCAUCAUGGCGUGGGAGGGCGUCAACCGGGGCUCGCCGACCUCCUCUACAACGAGCUCGCCUCGACGCUCAACAACUACGGCGUGCCCACCUGCCGGCGAUGCAGCCUCAACGAAGACCGAACCUGCGCCUGCCAGGGCCUGGACACCGAGACUUGCGGAGCCUCCUUCUCGUUCGGCUGCUCCUGGAGCAUGUACUACAACGGCUGCAAGUUUGCGCGCAGCAAGUACCCGCGCAAGUUCAAGCUGAACGGAGAUGACAGCUCCAAGGAGG